AACAGGCACCCUUAGGUAGCGUGUUUUCUCAUAUUUACCCUCCUAACUAAGCAAAAAUGACAUUGUUCCCGUCGCCUCUCCUCCCUCUGUACUCGUUGGCCACGAGGAGCCGUUGACGACCUUCUUCCUCUAAACUCCGGCUACUAACACAAACUCACCGAUCGCAUUCGGGAGGAUUACGUUUAUGUUUGGCUUACGGGAAAAUAGAUAGAAAAGGAAAGAAAGGACGGUACAAUUUCACGGAGAAGAGAGAAUGAGGUCAUCUUCUACUUCCGGCACCAUAAAUAUUGCUGCGAGUGCUCAAAAACUCGAUGUUGAUAAUCGGAUUUCUCUUCGAUACUACUACCGGAUCGCUGAUAAUAUUCUCAAACAGGCUGACAUCUUUCGAGAAGAGAAGAAUAUCAUAGAUCUGUAUAUUAUGCUGUUGAGGUUUUCUAGCUUGGUAUCAGAGACAAUACCACGUCAUCGAGAUUAUGGGUCAUCCUUACAAAGUAAAAAAAUUCAUUUGAAAAAGAAAUUAUUGAAUGCUGUAAAUGAGUUGGAGGAAUUGAAGCCUGGAGUGCAGCAGAAGAUCAAUGAAUUAAACAGAAAAUACACGCAUCAAGUAAAUGGGUAUGGCACCCAUCAACAUGAUUCAUUAGAGUGGCCACCUGUCAAAAAGAAAACUUUGACUAGCUAUGAUAUGACAAAGGCAGUGAGCCCAGCUGCACGAGCGUUUGUUUAUCCAGGUUCACGAACUCAACAACUUUCACACGCUAGGCCAGUGGAAGAGCAGUUCAGAAGAAUAUCUUUAAAUUUGCCUCGUCCUAGGGAGGAGACUCUUUCUAGACAUUCUAUAUUGGGUCCAAAUGGGCUACAUGGGCCAUGGCAGCCACCUAGGACUGAUAAAGGAGUCCAAUAUCCAAUCAACUUAGACCUCACUCCAGUUGAAAUCCCGAGCUUGCAACAAUCCACUGAAAAUGGGGUUAGAGUGAAAGAGGACAGCAACAGUUUGGAGCUUUAUAGCCUGCAACAGUCUGAAGAAAAUGGAUUUACAAUGAAAUUAGACACUAGCAGAGCAGAAAUUGAAGGCCCAAGUUUAGAAUCAGUUCUUACUGUGAAUGAUGAUAGUCAGGUGCAGCGUGCUGAAGCUCUUUCUUCCAUGAUUUCCUUUGAAACAACAGAAGCCCCUGUUCAGACAGAUCUGAUCAGACAGCCAUCUCCUCCAGCUGUACUUGCUGAAGUACAAGAUUUGAUUCCUUCAUUGUCUUCCCAAGUUACUGAAACAGAAAAUAAACUGGAGAUUUGCUCACCUGAUGAUGUUCGUUCUGAAUCUCCCCUGCAACUGCACAUUUCAACAACAAUGAUGGAGAAUUUCAUGAAGCUGGCGAAGUCAAAUACUGAUAAGAAUUUAGAAACUUGUGGUGUCCUAGCUGGUUCUCUUAAAAACAGAAAGUUUUACGUUACUGCUCUCAUUAUUCCGAAGCAGGAAUCUACAUCAGAUUCGUGUCAGACCACAAAUGAAGAGGAAAUAUUUGAAGUGCAGGAUAAGCGAUCUUUAUUCCCCCUUGGGUGGAUACAUACGCAUCCUACACAGUCUUGUUUCAUGUCAUCUAUUGAUCUUCACACCCAUUAUUCAUAUCAGAUUAUGCUGCCAGAAGCUGUUGCAAUUGUCAUGGCACCAAGAGAUACAAGAAAGCAUGGCAUUUUUCGGUUGACAACCCCUGGUGGCAUGUCGAUCAUAAGACACUGCCAGCAACGUGGAUUUCAUCCACAUAAUCAACCACCAGAUGGCGGGCCCCUUUACAAAGCCUGUACAGAUGUCUAUAUGAAUCCCAACCUGAAGUUUGAUGUUAUUGACCUACGGUGAUAUUAGUUGUGGAUUUUAAUAGAAAUGUAUUUGCAAAUAUAAUUCUUCAUAUAUCAUCCAUUUAUGGUGACUGGCCUUAACCUUCGAUUCUUAAAUUGUAAGAUUUGUGUGUAAAGAAGGGAAUGUUAAGAUUGGCUGUAUACUAAGUAUCAAUCAGUCCAUCACUGGAACUGGAAUGUACACAAUCAAAGUUUUCUAACAAGGACAAGUUUCCAUUUAAGUUUUUA